AUGUCUAAAAAGAAAAUCGGUAAAUUUAUGUCAGAGGAAAAAAAUUCUACUAAAAAUGUUGAAAUUUCAAAUAUCUAUUCAACAGAUUCAUCAAAAAUAUUUAAUCCUUUUGAAUGUUAUUUUUGUAAAACAAUAUUUAUUAAUAGUGAAGAUCUUCAAAAACAUAUUUUUGAUAUACAUACAAAUGAAAUUGUAAUGUAUAAUGGUAAUAGUAAUAAAUUUGUCUGCCAACAAUGUUAUAAAGAAUACAAUGAUUUUAAUCUUUUUGCAGAUCAUAUGAAAAGUCAUAUUAAUAAUUUAGAAGAAGAUAUUAUAAAUAAUUCAAAAUCAUGUCCAGUAUGUAAACAAAUAUUUUCUACAAAUAAACUUCUUGAACUUCAUAUAUUGGAUCAUUUUUUAACAACAACCUCAAGUUUUAUAUGCCCCUACUGUCCAGAUGAAGUUUUUUAUAAUGAUAAUUCAUAUCGUCAACAUUAUAUUAAAAAACAUUCAGAAACAUUUUAUCGUUGUUCACAUUGCCUUCAAUUUUUUAGUCAAUAUAAUCUUUUUCAGGAUCAUAUGCUUAUACAUAGAAAAGAAAUUAUUCAAUAUAAUUGUAUAAUAUGUUCAAUAACAUUUCCUAAUUUAGAUAUAUUUACAAAUCAUAUCCAAUUGAUACAUGAUAAUGGAAAUAGAAUACUUCCAAUUGUUGUACCAUUUAUUCAACAAAAAAAUUCAUUAUUAAAUAUAUCUUCAGAUGAUGAAAUAAAAUCAUCUAUAUCAUUAUUUUCACCAAAAAUUUUAAAAUGUUCAGUUUGUGAUAUAGAAUGUACCUCACAAUUUGCUUUAGAUAACCAUCGUUUACAAGUACAUUGUAAAAUAGGUAAAUCUAAUAAAUGUGGUAUUUGUCAUAAAAUAUUAGAUGGAAAAGUUUUGUUCAUAGAACAUUCUUUGGAACAUAAAAUAGACAAAUCUCAAAUAAGUUGUUGUGUAUGUAGGCAAACUGUUAAAUCACAAUGGCAGCUGUCAAUGCAUGCAGAAUUUCAUUUAAAUGAUGUCUCUCCCUUAACAUCCUUAAUUUUUAAAAAUAAUAAAACAUUAUUAGAGAAAAUGGUAAAUAAUAAUGAGAAAAAGCAAAUAUUGAAAUGUGAUUCAAAUAAUGAAAAUAUUUUAUCACCAUCUCUUACCACUUCAGUAGUUUUCUCAGAAGACCAGGAAAGAAAAAAAUUAAUAGAAAUAAAUGAGUUUACCUGCUCUGUAUGCUUAAAACAGUUUACAUCAUUAAAUGCACUCCAAGGCCAUAGUCAUAUUCAUAGAAAUGCUCGUAAUCAUAAAUGUUGUUUAUGCAAGAUGGCAUUUAGUACAAAGGGAAGACUUGAAUUACACAAAAAGAAACAUUACUGUAACAAAGAAAUAAAAUGCCAAAUUUGUGAUGAAAAAUUUAAUAAAAAUGAUCUCUUUAAAGAACAUAUGAAAACCCAUGAGAGUAAUUUAAAAAAUAUUUCCUAA